AGGUAAGAAAAAAUUAAUUCAAUCCUCUUCUUUACUUGCAAUUGCGGGGCUCUGCAGGUUAGAUCCGCCGGAGUCGGCGGGUUUGGAUCCUUUUUGGUCGGGGCCGGGUUCUCAGACCUAUAGAUUCUUUCUGUUAGGCAGGGUAACGAUUACAAUUGGUAGCUGUUGCCGUUGAAUGCGAUACUCCAUAGGAGUUUGGUGUGUUGGUAAUCGUUUGUUUCAAUUAUCAUUGAUUCCGUAAUGCGCAAUUUAUCUUACAGACAAGACAAACAAAUCUUAUGGCUAUUCGUUCUGUGCUCGGAAAGCUGCCCAAGACUUGUAAAUAUGAAAGACUUGUGAUUGGGACAUAUGAAGGUAUCAAACAUAAUAAACCCCCUACUGCUCCUCGUCCUUUUCCUUUUCGGCUCCAUGAAAAUCAUGUUCCUAUGCCCUUAACAGACCCGAUUAAGACAAAGGGAUUGAUUUAUCAUAUGGAGUUGGGAGUACUGGCGCCUGCACGUUUUGCCGUGCAAGAGUUCAACAAGCAAAAGAAAUCCCAACUGCAGUUUGUGAGAGUGAUCAAGUUUUUGAGAGUAGAUAGAAGCUGUAUGAAGCUGCAGCUUUUGGAUUUAAAUUCUUGUCAUUGUUUCUAUGCUCUAAUAUUGGAGGCAAUUGAUGCUGCCGGUGUGGUCAAAUUCUACCAAGCAUGUGUUAGGCUGCAUGACUUAACUGAGGGCUUGUGGUUGGAAGAAUUCUAUGUUUUCUCCGAUGAUGGAGACAAGCGUAUGCGACUAUAUCAUCACCUAGACAACUUUUAUGCUGGAUUACACGACAAGCAUGUCAUACCUGGCAAAGGUGAAAGUGCCGCUUGACUGCUUAAUGCAACGGAGCAAUGUAACAAGUUUGAUUUAUU